AUGUCGUCUGAAGCCAGCUACACGUCCGACGAAGCCGACCUCAGAGGUCCACCCUGGCGCAUCCCAUCCCAGUACUUCAACUCGUCCACCUUCUCCGACGUCACGCUCAAGUUCAGCGGCCAGGAGUUGCUAGCGCACAAAGUCAUCCUCGCAUGCGCUUCGCCGUACUUCAAGCGUGCUUUCGAGCAGACGGGAUUCAAAGAAGCCCGUAGCAACGAGCUUGUCCUCAUUGGCGACAACCCGGACGCUGUUAGAGGUCUCGUUGCCUGGAUCUACGGCAUGCACUAUGACGGUCGGGGUACUUACUCUGCAGGUCUGCCACCUCCUGGCAUAACGCUCCGAAAUUCAUCUUCGGACUUCUUACCUCCCCCCGGCACGUCUAUGCAGCAGAUCGCCGACGUCUACGUAGUCGCCAAGAAGUAUCUCGUCGAUGCUUGCACGAAAGAGUCCCUGAGACGCUUUAACACGAUGCUCACCCACUUUUGGACGAACGAGGACACGAGAGAUCUCCGCAAAGUCAUCGAGGUGGCGAAGUUCGUCUACGUCGACCAGAAAGACUCUGCGACGGACCUCCGCGCGGCUGUGGUUGAGCGCAUCGGCAGCAUGAUGGAAGAUGCGGAGGACGGUGGGGAAGCCAAUGAAGAGAUUCGUGCGCUGUUUGCGGAGAUUCGAGAGCUGGGUUUUGAGCUCACCGUUGACUCUGUCAAGGAGGCAAAGCAGUUGAGGGGGAAGCAACCGAAUUAUUUUCCCGCGAUCGUGGCGGCUGCGGCGGACUCGUCGAGCGAAGACUCAUACUUCAACUCGCCUACGCAUUCCGACGUAACAAUCAACUUCAGCGGGCAUCAGUUGAAAGCACACAAAAUCGUCCUAUCCAGCGCAUCAGACUACUUCCAGACCGCCUUCGAACAGCGCGUCUUCCAGGAGGCCAACACCAACGAGAUCCACCUGCAGGACGACGACCCCCACGCGCUCACGGGCCUCAUCGCCUGGAUCUACCGGAAGCACUACUAUGGCCGCGGCGGCUAUCCGGACGAGCUGCCCGAUCGAGACUUCGACCUGGAGUACCUGGCCGAUGUGCACGUGACGGCGAAGAAGUACCUCGUGCACUUUGCGGCGCAGAACUUCGCCGGCAGAUUGAGGUAUGAGGUCGAGACCUGCGUGGACGAUGCCGAGGAAGUCGACGCCGUUGCGAGGUUCGUCUAUUGCAAGCGCAAGGACGCUGCGGUGGAGCCGAGGCCGGCGGUGGUUAAGUGCGUCGUGAGGAUGCUCAUCGACAAUGGCGGGAAGGUGAAGGCGAUGGUGCGAAAGCUGUUUGCAGACGUACCGGAGCUGGCGUUUGAUGUGGUGCUGCAGCUAGCGAAGGAUGUGCGGGUAUGGCACGAGUACGGGUAG